CGAGCUCCCUCGCCACCUCUGUAUCGCACCUUCCUUCGCGGAGAAGCUGGAAGUGAAUGUUUUCAUAUCUGGCGGUAAUUGUACGCGCAGACGUGUCGUGUGUCCGUGUGCUGGAGCGGUGCGUCGAAUAGAGCGAUGUGAGGUGAACUGCGAGAGGGUUAUUCGCGCAACUUUGCUUUCACUACUCCUUUCCUACUCCGACGGCUGAACGUACUCGAAAGUCUACGUUAAUACUCCCAUCCUAGAGUCCUUUCGUAGUUAUAAGGUUGUCGAUUCCCAACGAAUAUAAAGUUUUGAAUUCUCGCCAACUCGAAUUUCGUGAUUUCAUAGGUAUAACUGUAAGUUAAAAUUCUGAGAGUCGGGUCAUUUGGACUGUGCUAUUCUAAAUAAGGAAAAUAAAAAAAAUCCUACUAGAGGGUUCGCGUUACCGAGGAGGGAGCGAGAGAGGACAACGGAUUCUCUCUGUUCGUUUGUGCACCAAUCGAGAAAAAAUUCAAUAAAGCUCGCUUCCUUUUGUCUAAUUGCCUAUGUAAACCUACUUAUAAUAUGCCGACUGUUCGAUGUCCGCGACAUUUACACACAAAAAUGGAACAUUGCUUUGUUACACCGACCGGCCAGCGCAUUCUCACAACUUAUCGGAAACUAAGUGUGUAUAAAGUUUGUAAACUUUGGAAGAUACGUUUGAGGAUCCUUAAUAUAUCAUUUGGAAAUACAGAAUUACAGUUGAAGUUAAUUUUAGGAAAUGCCGGGAACAGACAGAUUCAAUGUUAAAUGCGAGCCGCCUUCAGACGAUGAGGAUAUUAAUUCACAAUACGUUUCAACAUGCUUACUCAGUGAGAGAUCGGAAUAUUAUCCAAUUAAAUUGGAGAACGUCUACUGUGAAGAUCGGUCGUCGGAUCUGUUACAUCAAUUGCAGGGUUCGUUGGAGGAGCUGGCGCCGGCGCCGGCGGGGCCUGCCGCCACACCGGUCCGCGCGGCCUCACCAGCACCCUCACGGACCUCGCUGGCCACGCUCGAACCCGCACAGCACCAUGAGGGGUCGUCACUUAUAGACAGGCACAUACAAAUGAUGACAGCUAAUGAAAUUGCCGACUCAGCAGAAUUCGUACCUCUCAUGGCUAUCAAAGAUGAGCCCACUUCGGAAGGAGAACAGCAUCAUCUCAGUGGUGACGACACCAGCGACUCCAAUGGUCCGGCGCCGGAGCCCGUUCGCGGUAGCCCAAAGACUUGGACCCAGCAAGACAUGGACAAAGCGUUAGAGGCCCUCCGUAAACAUAACAUGAGCCUGACUAAGGCGUCUGCGACUUACGGGAUACCGUCCACAACCUUAUGGCAACGAGCUCAUCGUCUCGGCAUCGACACUCCCAAGAAAGAAGGCAGUUCGAAGUCUUGGAGCGAAGCGGACCUACGGGGAGCCUUACACGCGUUACGCGCCGGCGCUAUCUCCGCCAACAAGGCUAGCAAAGCAUACGGCAUCCCCAGCAGCACGUUGUAUAAGAUCGCUCGUCGUGAGGGUAUCCGGCUGGCCGCUCCGUUCAACGCGGCGCCCACAGCCUGGCGGAGGGACGACCUGGCGCGAGCCCUGGCCGCCAUCAGGGCCGGCGCCGCCUCCGUGCAGAGAGCCGCCGCCACCUACGGCAUACCCACCGGUACUCUAUACGGAAGGUGUAAGAGAGAAGGUAUCGAGCUGUCCCGGUCUAACCCGACGCCGUGGUCCGAGGACGCCAUGGGCGAGGCGUUAGAAGCUGUCCGAGUGGGUCAGAUGUCCAUCAACCAGGCAGCCAUACAUUACAACCUACCGUACUCGUCCCUGUACGGUCGCUUCAAACGAUGCAAAUAUCAGACGCUACAGAGUCAGCCGCCACAGGAGCUACCGAAAUAUGAAGGUGAGUUCCAUCAACAGGGACUGUACUGUCAACACGCGGACACACACCCGCACGUACACAAUACACACACACACAUACACAACCUGAACGAUAUAGACACCUACACACACAUGUACUACUCGCACUGUAAUGUUACCAGCUGAGAAAACUCCGGCCACAGAAUAUAACAAAUGGUGUGCGUCACUAUACACAUAGAUAAUAUAAAAUUACGUCAAUAUUGUCUUGGCUGUUUAAUAAAAACUUGUAGCAUACUGAAUAUGUUUAUAAUCUAGGUUCGUUUUUAUUAUCUGAUUUAUUACUGUUGUUAUUUUAUUUAACAAAGCGUCGUUAAUGUCAAUGUAUUUAAAUACUUGUAUAUUGUAAGGUAAGUUUGAAUCAUGAUUAUUUAUGUCCACGUUACGUUUUAUGAAAGUGUGAACGAAUAUGACCCGUUUCAUAUCUCGUGUUGCAAAAACCCGUGAAUACUGAUUGUCAUUUUCGUGCUUACAUAUUUUUUUAUAUGAAUUGAUAAGCGACGCCCUUCUAAAGCUAGACUAUAUUGACUGCUAUAUUUGUAGUGGUCUCGUCGAGUCCUUUAGUCUGUGACGUAUUUAAGACAGACAUAAAUCAUAAAGGAAAUGCCUAAUAGUUCUAAUAAUUACUUAAUAGUGAUACAACACGAUAAUUACUUUAAAACGUGCUUAUGGCCGUUACUCGACAAUCAUUUGUUCUGUUUGUAUGUAAAUUAAAAAAAAACAUCAACGGCUGUAGUUUAAAGUUAGUAAUUACGCAUUAGUUUAAAUAUACAAUAAAGUGCAGGCAUCGUUUGAAUAAACUGUACACAGAUGAAUAAUACAUUAAGAAGCGGUUAGUUUAAUGAAUAUUUUGACUGUAAUGUAAGUCUAUGUAUAAACUAUCUGUCCAUUAUUGGUAAGCAAUAUACGUAAUUUAUUGUGAUAUGAGUCAGUCGGUUGUUAAAUAAUGUAGUUUGCUUACUGCUCUGGAUACUGGAAAGACAGCGGAAGCGCGAGGGGCUUCAAUAAUAUGUAUUUAAAAUGAGUAUUUUUGCGACACGUUACGCCAUCUAGCUUUUAAACUGCAGAGUUUAUUUUAUAAUUUUUAAAGAUUCUCAUUAACGGUAAUGAUAUGAAUGUAAUGAUUUUCUUGUCAUCGUUUCCUUUUUAUAUCAAAUAAAUAUUUUGUAAAUAGCCUAUACACCUUUUAAUAAAAUUUUACAGACUGA